AGCAAUGACGAAACUAUGACCAAAUAUUUCCAUGAUAAGAUUUCUUUGCUUAAGAAAUGUAGUUUGGAAGGAGCAGCAGCUAUAUCCUGCGUAAUCCGAGGAUUGCCCGUGGAGUUACAAGCAAACGCAAAAGCAUAUAGUUGUGAUACAGCAGAAGAACUUUACUAUGGUUUUUUAUCAUCUCUUGAAAAUUAUAAAAAGUUAGAAGCGAAAUCAUCCGAUUCUAAAUCGACCUGGCAACGAGGAACGGCAACCAACAUCGCCCCCAAGAUUUGCUACAACUGCCGUAAGACUGGACAUGAAAUUCGGGACUGCAAAUCCGUGCGCUGCCAAAUUUGUCAACGGCUGGGCCACUCUGCCACGUCUUGCUGGUAUGCUGCCGGGACAUCUCAGACCGUCCCUAGGACAGCACAAUACACCACGACUCAGCAGCAAGGAAUACAGGCACCUCAGCGGCCAAUGCAGCUCCCAAAAAUGGGAGACAAUCCGAUUGAUCGCCGUGGGCCACGGCAGCUGCAGGAUGGCCGAAUGUAAUAAGUUUUACUCAAUAACCCGUAUGUUUCGGAUGAGGUGUAAAUAUAUAUCUUGUAAUUUCCCCUAUUAUUAUAUAAAAUAUUAUUAUUAUUAAUUUAGCAUAAGUAUGACACCAAUGAGGUUUAUGUCUAAUUAUAAAUAUAUCUAACAAUGUAGUGAAUUAAUUAUAUUAAGAAUUAUUAUGUUGGUAACUCUCAAUUGCAAUUGUUUAUUUAAUAUUUUCUUGUUGGCAACACUGCAUUGAAAUUGUUUAUAAAAUAGGGUGCAACAGUCAUUUGAGCCCUCUUGUAUUGUGGAUCGCCUAAUAAACAACACCUCUUGGCA